ACAUGGAUGACCAUUCCAAUUCUUCCAUCCUCCCAACUUCUUCCCACAUCCCCAAUUUACAAUGCAGCUCACACAUCUCCUCCCGGCCGCCGUGCUUGGCGCAGGCCUAGUUCAAACUGGAGUCUUCCCCGUCCCAGAUACGCCCUACCGAGUGCAAUGGACGUCCUCGGAGCUAGUCGACCACGCCCGGCCUGACCCCUUCAACUCGUCCCACCCGCGGCGCAUCAUGAUCUCACGCUUCACGCCCAUCCCCGCCCGCGACUGCCUCCAAACCUGCCGCGUCCCCUACAUGACCCCCCUCAUGGCGUCCCACGAGGACGCCGUCAUCACCGCCUUCCUAGCCCGUGGUAACAUCAGCUGGCCGCGGGGGGUGCUCGCCUCGCUCGAGCUAGAAGUCUGCUGCAAGGUCCUCCGACGCAGCAGCAGCAGCAGCAAGAACAACAAUGCCAGAAGCUUUGGGGUUGGCUUGAAGAGUUCUGUGCCGCGCGGCACCGUCCUCGUCGGCACGGGCCUCAAUACCACACGCCUGAUGUACUCGGCCUCAGCGCAGAACCUCGCGGCAGGCAUGGGCUACGACGUCGUCGUCAUGGACCAUCCGUACGAGACCGACGCGGUGCAGUUCCCCGACGGCAGCGUCAUUUACGGCGGGCGGGUGCCGCGCGAUCCCAACGCCACGGAAGCGCUGGCGCACGCGCUCGAUGUCCGCUCGCAGGACGCGGCGCUCGUGCUGGAUUAUCUAGGGAUUGGCCAGGGUUGUGGUGAGAGAGUCGGGUUUGCGGGCGACUCGUUUGGCGGGCCGGCGGCGGCGGAUGUCAUGUUGAAGGACCGGCGCGUUGGGGCUGGGGUAAACGUGGAUGGCAUGAUGUUUGGGCCGGCGGUGAAUGUGGGCGUGGCGAGGCCGUUUCUGAGCCUGGGCUCGCCGGGCCACAACUCGACCAGUGAUGAGACGUGGGCGCGGUUUCGGGAUGCCACGACGGCGAACAAUUCGCGGGUCUGGCACAAGGAGUUGAGCCUGGCGGGGUCGGUGCACGGCAUCUUGUCUGACUUUGGCCUGAUUGGGGACGUGGCUGGCCUGAGAGACUCGGGCGAGUUGGUUGGAAGUCUAUUUGGGAAGAUCACUGGGGCUCGGACAAUCGAGAUCCUGAAGGAGUACCUGUCCGACUUCUUUGAGUUUGCCCUGAAGGGCAAGGGCCAGGGACUGCUUGCAGGCCCUAGUCAGAAGUACCCCGAGCUUAUUUUUGUCUAGGCCUGAGUCGAUCCGCCCGGAAUAGAAGUAUGAGGUUUCAAUUUAUUAGCGAGGGACAGGUAUGGGAUGUUGUUGGGUUUUGAGACGUGGAAAGUUUAAGAGAGAACGUCAGAACACUUACCCGGGGAGCCUCACUGCAUGCCGCAUUAGGUGUUGUGUGAUACCUGGAAAUAUGACAUUCCAUG